AUGCUGUAUCCCAACGACUUCGAUGGCAUGCUUGCUGGCAGCCCUGGUAUCGACUGGCUGCAUAUUGUCAGCUCGAAGGGUAUCCUGACCCACCGAAUCGGCUGGCCGUACAUCAACUCGUCCCGCUAUGUUCAUGCGGCGCAGUGGGCAGCUAUAACAGAGCAGCAGAUACAACUCUUCGAUUCUCUCGAUGGCGUGACUGACGGCAUCAUCGACGAUCCGACAAUGUUCCGCUUCGAUCCAGAAAUUCUUGCAUGUGGCGCAGGCAUACUAAACGCCUCCGUAUGCUUGAACCCAGAUCAAGUCAACGCUGUCCAUAGCGCGUACGAGCCCAUCGCCGACACAGCUGGACAGAUUGUCUACCUGUCCUUUGAGCUUGGAAGCAAUACUGGGGUCUACAGGGCCAACAUCAAUGCCACCUCCGGUCAACCACAACUCGGCUAUACUAUUCUACAGGACUUCUGGCGAGGAGCAAUCUACAACGACUCAAGCUGGACGCGGCUCAACUUUAAUGAGACGGACAUGGACUAUGCCAUCAAACUAAACCCAGGCAAAGUCAACACAGGCGAGACCGAUCUCAGCGCUUACAGAGUCAAAGGUGGGAAAGUGAUUGCGUAUCAUGGUCGGAACGACGAGACUGUGACGUCGGCAUUGUCAGCUCGUUAUUUCACUCGUGUCCAGCAGAGCCUGAAUGCCUCGAUCGAGGACAUGCACGACUUCUACAGGCUUUUCUGCAUCCCAGGCAUGCACCACUGCUCGACAGGGCCAGGGGCCUGGGACAUAGGUCAGGUGUAUCCGCUCGAUACAAGACGCAAUGACACCGAGCACAACGUGCUGUUGAGUCUGGUCGAAUGGGUUGAGAACGAGCGUGCGCCUGAUUUCAUGAUCGGCACAAAGUACUCCGGCGACAAGGUAGGGACUACUGGGAUCGUGCAAGCUGAGCGCAGACAUUGUGUAUACCCUGCUGUCAGCAAGUGGAACUGUCGUGGUAAUACUACGCUAAAAGAUAGCUGGGACUGUCUUACAACCGACCAGUGGCAAGUGGAUUACUGA